UCGGUGGAUAUCUAUCGAAUUUGGGCUAUUUAUCGGGAACUUCGAUUUGACAAAUAAGCAAAGUAUCAAAUCCCUAAUGUUGAUACUAAUUACAGUAUUGCUAUGCUUCCAACUGGAAUGUAUACCCAUUGCCGAAGGACUGCAGAUCGAGACUAUUCUCGACCAACCAUUAGUGGUUCCCAAUGUCGGACCAAACGUUCUUGUUACAACAUUGUUAAUAACUAUGCCACCUGGUGAUACGGGACUUCCUGCACAUACUCAUCCAGGACCGGCUGUCGGUUAUGUCGUUAAAGGAGAAGUACUUUUUCAGGUGAAUGACGAAUUGCCAGAAAUCCUUCCAACUGGGAGCACUUUUUAUGUGAACGACAGUGAUUUUCAUGUGUGGGAUGCGAAUGCAUCGAACACAACAGUAUGCAUAGUAACAGCAACAAUAUUCGGUCGUCCGAUGGAAGAAGCAACAACUUUUCUAAAAGAUUUCAAACGAGAAAACCGUAACGAUGCUUUAGCCAGAGCGAAACGUCGAGGAGAAAAUUGAUAUUGUAGUUAUGCGGCGUUGGUAGGGAUGGGUAUAUUGUAAUUAAUUAGAAUUUAUGUUUCACUAAAACCGACGAGCAUUUCGGUUUCUUUGCAAAAAAAAUGGAAAUAAUGGAAACUUUAAUGACAAAACUGCAUUUGGUGCAGUAUCAAGUGGAGCUGAAAUUAAUUGAAGUUUCUACUGAACACUGAUUAUACCGCACCUAGAGUCCCUAUACUCAAAACUAAUGUCCGUUUUUUGGUACGUUACGCCAAUUUUUUUUUUCGUUCAUUAGAACCGUUUUCAAUCACUAUUAAAUUUGGUGAGACAAAAUUUUGAACUCCGAUUGAUUCGAGUAGUAAAAUUAAGACGAGAAGUUAUCUCGUUUGUUUGCAAAUAACUCAGAAUAUUCUACUAAUCUGCUACGUGCAGUGAGCGAGAAUUGUGUACAUUCCCAUCACGUUUAAGUCUUUCUUGAGUGAGUAUAAUUUUGGGGAGAUAGCGAAGUCACAGUCGGAGUUAACUAUGCGAAAUACAAAAAAUGUAUUGAAUCACUCUCUCAACUUUUGUAUUUAAAACCAUCAGAAGUGGGGUGGCAGCCUACAUCUAAUAAAAAAGCGGUUGGCGCUACAUCCCCAACAAUAUAUAGCCUUGCUUAGGAUCCUAAAAUCUAUGGAGUUUUGGAUUUGAUUUUAAAACGAAAUCAUUGCGUCCGGUGAAAUUGUGUCCUGUUUCCAAUAAAUUGUUAUUUGUUUACCUGUUUCAAAGCACCAGGG